AUGGAGUCAAACACAGCUCAUAUUAAAGCGACAAAGGUAUCAGGUCAGACUGUGGAGGAAGCUCAGGCAGAGACGACCGCUCAGAAAGCAUCUACCGAUUGCGAGUCGGAGGUCAAUCAGUUUCCGCCCAUCCCAGUUCCAAGUCUAUCAAAAUGGUCGACACCUGCCAUUCCCGAAAAUGCGUGGUGUUCUACCGAUUUCAUGACGGGUGCUGGGAUGGUGGUUAUCCAACAAAAUACGGAGAAGAUAAUAGUGUUAUAUUCAACGAUGAUGGAUUAUUGGUUUUUUCCCCGGGGCCGAAAGGACAUCGGCGAGUGCAUCGAGCAAGCUGCAUUACGAGAGGCUCAUGAAGAAUCGGGUUAUCGAGUUCACUUCCUUCCUGUGGUCAAUCCGACCCGCCAGCCCCACCCAACAUUUACAAAUGGGAACAACCAGACCGUGCUCAACACGGAACCAAUAUUUAUGACCACCACGAACAAACCCCCCGGGGAAAGUGGUCCUGAUGAUUACGGGAAGGUAUACCUGACUUUGUGGUUCAUAGGCCAGAUACCGGAGGAUGCUAAAUUCGAAGCCGGAACACGCACUGAUGAAGAAUUUCACUUCGAGACACACUUACUCUCAUAUGAUGAAGCCGUGAAGAAGAUUUGGUAUAGCGAGCGCCCCGUCCUAAAAUAUGCAUGGCAUGUCUAUCAAAAGACACUCGAGUUUACACGGAGUGUGCCUCGCGAUUAA